UUAAGGUAUUUCCGUCAUUAUCAUACAACUGAGCAUAUGUACAAUAAAUACUUUAAUUUAAUCAGUUUGCUUGCAACGGUUCAAAGUAAAAGUGCAUCGAAACUAUCGCAUGAUUGUGUAGUUAAAAUUGAUUGAACUAUUCAAGUCAUGUUUUGUCAGCUGUUGCGCAAAAAUUGUAACCGGCUUCUGGUUCGAAAAUUGCAUUCCCGCAAUGGAAGCAAUUCGGGUCGUCCUACGUGGUCAUGUUCGGUGAUAAGGUUGCUAGGUGGCAGUAUCUGUGCUGGUGGUAUUGGCCUCAUAGCAUAUUAUAAACUGGAUAACAACAAUGUUCAUAUGGCAGGUUCCUCUUUGAACAAAUUCUCUUAUGUGUCACAAUACAUGGCAGAGCCAAUCACCGAUCGGAGUAUUUUGAAUACGCAUCGUAAUGAAAUGAAAUAUCGCAUGGAAGAAUUAGUCAUGAAAAUCCAGCAUGAUUUCUGUCGCGCACUGGAGGCUGAAGAAUCAUUUGGAAAACAGUUCGUUGUAGAUCGAUGGGAACGUAAGGAAGGAGGUGGCGGCAUUACUUGCGUAUUGCAAGACGGCGACAUUUUCGAAAAAGCCGGGGUAAAUAUUUCCGUGGUACACGGUAACCUACCUAAAGGGGCCGUUCAGCAGAUGCGAUCUCGUGGCAAGCAAUUGGCUGAAGGGGAGUUGCCUUUCUUUGCUAUCGGAGUAAGCUCCGUAAUCCAUCCUCGUAAUCCUAUGGUUCCAACUAUACACUUCAACUAUCGCUAUUUCGAAGUGACUGAUUCUAAGGGGCAGAAACAAUGGUGGUUUGGUGGUGGCACUGAUCUUACACCCUACUAUCUGAACGAGACCGAUGCAAAACAUUUUCAUAAAACAUUGAAAGAGGUAUGUGAUCUGUACGAUCCAUCGUACUAUCCAAAAUAUAAAGAGUGGUGCGACAAAUACUUCUUCAUUCCCCAUCGAAAUGAAAGCCGAGGCGUGGGCGGUAUCUUCUUUGAUGAUUUAGAUGCUCCAAACGCUGACAAAGUUUUUGAUUUUGUAUCUUCUUGUGCUCAUUCGGUCAUACCCUCAUAUCUGCCGUUAGUUCGACGGCAUAAGAAUGACGCAUAUGGAGAUCAACAAAGGCAGUGGCAGCUUUUGCGCCGUGGUCGAUAUGUAGAGUUUAAUCUAAUUUACGAUCGCGGAACAAAAUUCGGCCUUCAUACUCCAGGGGCGCGGUUUGAAAGCAUUCUCAUGUCUUUACCACUAACUGCGAGAUGGGAAUACAUGAACAUACCUGAGGAAGGAACAGAAGAGGCAGCUUUAACCAAAGUGCUUCAAAGCCCAAAAAAUUGGGUCAGUAUAUAAAUACAUUUGUUCUUUUCAAGUCAAUAACGUGUUGUAAAUUCAAUAAAGGUUUGAGUAUCAUUUAUAA